AUGGCCAGUCUUAAAUUCGCAGCAGAGGAUUUGCAUCUCUCAGCUUCAGAAUCUGACCGCUCAUCCUCGUCUGAUGAUGAAGAUCUUACUUGGGACGACUGGGUGUCCGACGGCGUCGAGGAUCGCCCGUGCACGUCCCUGUUCGACCACGACAAGACUUUCGCGACGGUCCCCGAAGCCAUAAAUCACGACAAGCUUGUGCAUGGGAUAGACCUGGACAACGUUUGCUCGAGACUGUCUCUUGACCCCCAUCAGCGCAUCCGCCUGAUAAAUUGGAUUCGUAAAGAAAAACCCGCACCAUCACAAGUAACCAAUCUAAGGGGCGAUGAACCGUUCCUCUCCGCGGACGAGUAUCUCAUUCCAGUCUUGGAAGACGAUCCACUACUUCAAAUCCAUUCAGCGGACUGGUCAUCAUCGGAUGAAUCCGAAGACGAGUCCAGCGCCCCCACCGAUUUGGCUGGUGCAACCCGCCGCAUCCGGGCACUCGAAAAAAAGUUGCAGAAGUCGAAGAAUGAUCUGGCAGAUUACCGGGCGUUUGUGAGUGAGCGCCUGCAGCGCACGGAACUGGGAGACGCGCUCGCCGAGCCUGCAUCGUCUUCGUCCGGCCAUCUCGCACCACCGCUGCGCGAUGACGACUCGCACUACUUCCAGAGCUACGGCGAGAAUGACAUCCACUCGGUCAUGAUCCAGGACAAGGUUCGCACUGCAACAUAUGCAAAGUUCAUCCUCGAAAGCGCGGAGCUAUUCAGGGAUGCUAUUGUCCUCGAUGUGGGAUGUGGCACAGGCAUUCUGUCGCUCUUUGCAGCAAAAGCGGGCGCUAAGCGCGUCUUUGCGGUCGAUGCGAGUAACAUCGCAGAAAAAGCCCGGCAGAUUGUCAAGGACAACAAGCUCGAUGACGUCAUAACUGUCAUCCGCGGCAAGGUGGAGGAGAUAAUGUUGCCAGACGACAUCACACAAGUUGACAUCAUCGUGUCGGAAUGGAUGGGCUAUGCGCUGUUGUACGAGUCAAUGCUUGAUUCGGUGCUGCACGCGCGUGAUCGCUUCCUUCGGCCUGAUGGUGUCAUGGCUCCGAGCGAGUGUAAGAUGAUGCUAGGGCUUUGCGAGGGUAGCGAGAUCUUCAAGGAGCGAGUGGGCUUCUGGAGUGAUAUUUACGGCUUUGAUCUCACGGCGAUGGCACAUGAUGUGUACAGUGAGGCGAUUGUGGACGUCGUGGGCCCAGAGACGAUGGUCAGCGAGCCGUAUUCAGUCAAGGACCUCCACCUUGCAACGAUCACCCCAAAGCAACUCGACUUCUCUGCGCCUUUCAUUCUCACCUCGACAGCCGAGCGGCGAACAAAAGUCCACGCACUUGUCCUCUACUUCGACGUGUUCUUUGCAGAGGACGGGCAGUCCAUCCCACCAGGGACGGAGGUGUACGUUGCACGCGAGGGCGAUCCAAUCCUCGCGGAGGUGUGGCCGCUGGGUGGGCGGCCCCACGCGUCGCGGAGGCUGAGCUCGGGCGAGGGUCUAAAGGCAAAGAUCAAGCCCAAGGUGACGAGCUUCUGCACAGGCCCGGCGUCGGUGCCGACACACUGGAAGCAGACGAUAUUCCUGCUGCGAGAUCCAAUCACAGUGCAUGAAGGCACAAUCGUACAGGGAACAUUUAAAUGUCACAAGAGCCCGGACAACUCUCGAGAGCUGGAUGUUGAAAUCCACUAUGUCGUCAAGGACCCGUCGGAGGAGGUGACAGCGAAGGACGUUGUUGUACAGAUAUUCAAGGUGCGAUAGUGAGUGCAGGCUGUGAAGAAGUCAAGCAUGUGUGUAUCCAAAGCAUGAAUGUAUCCAAAGCAUGAACUGCUAGCAUAUC